UCCGGGGUUCCGCCUCGGAGCAGCGGUUAAUCUCAGAGUGGUGCGGGUCAGGCCGACAUCGUUCGGGCCUCGUGUUCCCUGCCUGCACCCCUGCCGCCUUGGCGGCGCCUCUGCCGCUGCCAUGGUGGUGCUGCACGUGAAGAGAGGCGACGAGAGCCAGUUCUUGCUGCAGGCUCCCGGAAGCACCGAGCUGGAAGAGCUCACGGCGCAGGUGGCCCGCAUCUACAACGGGCGGCUGAAGGUGCACCGUCUCUGCACAGAGAUGGAAGAGCUGGCAGAACACGGUGUGUUUCUGCCCCCUAAUAUGCAAGGGCUGACUGAUGAGCAGAUCGAAGAGCUGAAACUGAAGGAUGAAUGGGGAGAGAAGUGUGUGCCCAGCGGGGGAUCCGUUUUCACGAAGGACGACAUUGGGCGGAGGAAUGGGCAAGCUCCAAAUGAGAAAAUGAAGCACGUUUUAAAGAAGACGGUAGAAGAAGCCAAAGCAAUAGUGUCUAAGAAACAAGUGGAGGCUGGGGUCUUUGUUACCAUGGAGAUGGUGAAAGAUGCCUUGGACCAGCUUCGGGGUGCGGUAAUGAUUGUUUAUCCCAUGGGGCUACCACCAUAUGAUCCUGUCCGGAUGGAGUUUGAAAAUAAAGAAGAUCUGUCAGGAACUCAGGCAGCACUGGAAGUCAUUCAGGAGUCGGAGGCACAGCUGUGGUGGGCUGCCAAGGAGCUGAGAAGAACGAAGAAGCUUUCUGACUAUGUGGGGAAAAAUGAGAAAACCAAGAUCAUUGUCAAGAUACAGCAGAGAGGGCAGGGUGCACCGGCCCGGGAGCCACUCAUCAGCAAUGAGGAGCACAAGCAGCUGAUGCUGUUUUACCACAGAAGACAGGAGGAGCUCAAGAAACUGGAAGAGAAUGACGACGACUCCUGUCUGAACUCCCCGUGGGCUGACAACACAGCGUUGAAAAGACAUUUUCAUGGGGUCAGAGACAUAAAGUGGCGGCCCAGGUGAAGCCGGCACUUGGCGAGCUGUCAGAACCACAGCCCACUAUCCCUGGGCAAAAUAAUCAUAAUACUGUAAAACACUGUCAAAGAUGGGAAAUUUUCUACUUCCCUGGUUUUCCUUUGGUUUGAAUUUUUGAAAUAAGUCAUUCACAGUUUUAGAACUUAAUAAAUACACAUUCAAAAGAAA